AUGAAUAAGUGUGGAGAAACUGCACAUACCUUAAAACUUGAUGAAAAAGAAUUAGAGAAAUUAACUGGAAGAAUAGUUGGUGGAAGUAUUUCAUCAGAUAACUCCUGGCCAUGGAUUGUUCAAUUGUAUUAUAAAAAGAUGAAUAAAGUAAUAUGUGGUGGAGCAUUAAUAAGUGAUGAAUUUGUUAUAACAGCAGCACAUUGUGUUAAAUAUUCAGUUGGAAAACAUGAAGAAAAUUUUAAAAUUAUUUAUGGUUCAAGUGUAUUAAAAGAAGGAGAAAGUGUUGAUAUUGAAGCUAUAGAAAAACAUCCAUUAUUUUAUGAAUCAUAUGAUAAUGCCGGUUUUGAUAUAGCUUUUAUAAAAUUGAAAAAUAAGGUAAAAAUUAGUAAUGAAACAUUUCCAAUAUGUCUUGCUGAAAGUGAUACUGAACCGGAUACGCCUUGUUUUGCUGCUGGAUUUGGAUUAACUGAUGAAAAUGGUUAUGCAUCAAGAGAUUUAAGAGAUGUUGUUCUUCCAAUUAUACCUAUGUCUACAUGUAAUGAUAUAUAUCAUUAUAAAGGAAAAGUAAAUUCUUUAUCAAGUUUUUGUGCAGGAUAUAGCGCUGGAAAAAAAGAUGCAUGUAAAGGAGAUUCAGGUGGUCCCUUAAUGUGUUAUAAUAAUGGUUCUUGGGAAAUUCAAGGUGUUGUUAGCUGGGGUUAUGGUUGUGCACGUCCUAAACGACCUGGUGUUUAUACAAAUGUUAGUAAAAUGAAACCUUGGCUUGCUAUACAGAUUCUCAAAUAUAAUGGAAGAAUUGAAGAUUUUUAUAAAAAAUAA